GAACACCGGCUAUAUGAUCUCUGCUACAGCUACUCCGCGUUGCACGUUGCUAGUUAGUUGCAAUGUUGUAGCUAUUAGCACGAUAGCCUUUCCUUUGCUGGGAGGGAGACCCGCCGUUUCGUUUAAUGAACAUUUAAUUCUCACUCAUUCAUAGUCCAACCGGCAGCCAACUGUUGACCAACGGAUAUUACUCACUAAAACAGUUGCUAGCUAGCUUGCUGUCUUGUCAUCCUGCUAGGUCUAACCAGCUAGCUAGCCAGCUAACCACUAGCGUCCGAGCGUCUCCUUCUCAGUGCGAACAGUCUCCCAGCCGGCUGGAGGACCAUGGCGAUGAGACAGACUCCCCUCACCUGCUCCGGUCACACCCGACCUGUGGUGGACCUAGCCUUUAGUGGAAUCACUCCAUAUGGCUACUUCCUCAUCAGCGCAUGCAAGGAUGGCAAGCCCAUGAUGCGCCAUGGAGACACAGGGGACUGGAUAGGAACGUUUCUGGGUCACAAAGGUGCUGUCUGGGGAGCCACUCUGAACACAGACGCCACCAAGGCUGCCACCGCGGCGGCUGACUUCACAGCAAAGGUGUGGGAUGCAGUAAGUGGAGACGAGGUCCUCACACUGGCACACAAACACAUCGUCAAAACCGUCAACUUUACUAAGGACAGCACCUGUUUGCUGACUGGAGGAAACGACAAGCUUCUGCGCCUCUACGAUCUUAUCAACCCUGAAGCAGCACCUCAAGAGAUUGCAGGUCACACCUCAGCCAUAAAAAAAGCCUUGUGGUGUAACAACGACAAGCAGAUCCUCUCAGCAGCCGAUGACAAAACCAUAAGGCUGUGGGACAGGAGCUCCAUGGAGGAGGUGAAACAGUUGAAGUUCGAGACAGCAGUGAGCAGCAUGGAGUAUUUGGCUGAUGGAGAGAUUCUUGUGAUCACAUAUGGAAAGACAAUCGGUUUCUACAACGCUCUAAGCCUCGACCUGAUCAAGACAGUUGAUGCCCCGGCUCCCAUCAACUCUGCCUCCCUCCACCCAGAUAAAGACUUCUUUGUUGCCGGCGGAGAGGACUUCAAGCUCUACAAAUUUGACUACGGCACCAAGGAAGAGCUGGAGUCCUAUAAGGGUCAUUUUGGUCCAGUGCACUGUGUACGCUUCAGUCCAGAUGGUGAGCUGUACGCCAGCGGAUCUGAGGAUGGCACGCUCCGACUGUGGCAGACAGCUGUGGGGAAAACCUAUGGCCUGUGGAAGUGUGUCCUACCUGAGGAACUGGGGUUAGAGAACUCUGAGCAGCUGUACACUACCCCCCCUGAGAUCAAAGCCUGAGGAGAAAACAGUGCUGUUUGGAAACGGGAUGAGAAGAGAAAAGAAAAAACAAGCGGAGGGGUGUUCCAGCGUUCUAUCCAGCCCCAGCAAGGAGCCGAGUCCAGAGCAUCUACAUUCACCAGGAACUGAUGUGGAUAUAAAGACUGUCUGUCAUAGACUCACCCACAAUUAAACUGACACACACACAUGAUUUUAUGCAGUCAUAUGGACAGUAUGGGCUGGAGAGUAAAGCAGUAGAGCUGUGAGUAUCGGCUCAUCGCUGCCUGCUUUCUCUCUGAUUAGCCCAGAUCUGUCUCGCUGCUUACAUUUAUUUUAUCUUCCAUUAAGCCUUGAACCCCAACGUCCAAGCCCCAUUUGGUUUCAAAGUUAAGAUAUUUAAUGAGCUGGACUAAGGCAUUUGUUUUCAGUUCUCUACAAGAAUACUAUAGGUAGUUGCACAGUUUGUGCGAGAGUAAGUCGUUUUCAUUUCUUCAAAAACACUGCUUUGAGUAUCCGCUGCUUUUGUACUGUACUGGUUAAGUAUAUGUGUCAAAUAAAAGAAAAUAUUGUUUUGUGACAAAGAAAGAAAAAGGAAAACAUUUCACUGGUUUUUUUUUUUCAGUUUGGCUUGUGACUUCUUCAUUUAUGUCCAGUGAAAAAUAAACAAACGCAUUACAAUUUUAUUUUUAAGUGAUGCACAGAGAUCAAACAGGUUUUUGUGUUUUUAAUUGUUCUUUAUUUUA